GAAGCCGAUUUCGAUGAGGUCGUUGUCGUUCCGCACAAGCCAUUGAUCUUAGCCCGUGACGAUCUGCAGAAUGCAGCCAGGCUUCCAACCGGACGGGCAGAUUCGCUGCACCGUAGCAGUCGAGCAUUUGGGUGCAGCGGUUCCGAGUCGAGUGCUGCUCCGGGAUGCCUGGGUUACCUUGGGCCGCGACGAGUUCCGAGAGCUGGUCUUGCAAGUGACAAAUAGCAGCGGCUCGGAGGCGCCCCGCAACUUCCCCUUACGUCGGGACGGAGUGCGGCUGUUCACGCGUUUUGUGAAGGACGGGAAGAGCUCGGUGCGCGUGGGGUCGGGCGCCAUUCAGGCGCAGCUGCUGCUCUCGAACUGCCCUCCUGACCAGCUGCGGCGCUUCAUUCAGACGCUGCGCAUCAAGUUCAAGGCAACGCUGGAAGGGAGCAGGCCCGUGACCGAACGGACGAGGCUCCUGUCUGGCCUGCCGCGCACCUUCGACACAGUCAGCCCUGUGCAGCCCCGCGACUUACAGCUCGGGGGCGUCAGGCGAGCCCUAACUGAUGUUGCAGCCACCCCCACCAAAGGCCAGACCCUCCGCUGCGAACCCCGAAAACGCGUCCGGGCGGAAUUGGAGGAAGGCAAGCAGGUGACUGAAAUACAACCAGUGAAGAAGCUGCCUUGGUUGUGCUCCCGAUCAGCACUCACACAGGAACAGGCAAUGGUGCUGAACGCAGUGCUGAGUGGAAAGAACAUCUUCUUCACCGGCAGUGCUGGGACUGGAAAAUCCUACUUGCUGAAAAAGAUUGUGGCCUCACUGCCUCCGAACAGCACUUACGCCACAGCCAGCACAGGGGUGGCAGCAUGUCAGAUUGGUGGCACCACGCUCCAUGCCUUUGCAGGUAUUGGCUCUGGAAAGGCCCCCCUACAUCAGUGCAUUGAGCUGGCUAAGAGGUCAGGGGUGCGACUGCAGUGGUUGAAUUGCCACCAUCUAAUCAUUGAUGAGAUCUCUAUGGUGGAUGGAGAAUUCUUUGAUAAACUGGAGGAAGUGGCCAGAACUGUCAGAAAAUGUGAGAAUCCAUUUGGAGGAAUCCAACUCAUCAUCUGUGGAGACUUCCUGCAACUACCUCCAGUCAGCAAAGGCACGGAGCAACCCAACUUCUGCUUCCAGGCAAAGAGCUGGCAGAAGUGUAUCCACUUGAAUAUGGAACUGACCAAAGUGCAGAGACAGACUGAGAAGGACUUCAUUUCUCUUCUGGAUUCAGUUCGCCGGGGCAGAUGUACAGAUGAGGUCACCAAACAGCUGGCUGCAACAGCAACCCACAUGGUAGAAAGAGAUGGAAUCCUGGCCACUCGGUUGUGCACCCACAAGGAGGAUGUGGAACUAACAAAUGUGAAACGACUGCGGGAGCUAUCUGGAGAACCAAGGUCCUUCAAGGCUGUGGACAGCGACCCUAUGUUGGUAAAAACUUUAGAUGCACAGUGUCCAGUUAGCAGCAUCAUUGAACUUAAACUGGGUGCCCAGGUGAUGCUUACCAAGAAUCUGGAUGUGUCUCAGGGUUUGGUGAAUGGGGCUCGUGGAGUUGUGAUUGGUUUUGAAACUGAAGGAAAAGGGCUGCCUAAGGUGAGGUUUCUGUGUGGUGUUACUACUGUUAUUGGGUUGGAACGAUGGGUCUUAAAGGGACCAGCAGGGACACAUCUGACUCGCCAACAGUUGCCCCUAAAACUUGCCUGGGCUAUUUCCAUCCACAAGAGCCAGGGUAUGUCUCUAGAUUGUGUUGAAAUCUCCCUAGCUCGUGUCUUUGAAUGUGGCCAGGCUUAUGUGGCACUCUCUCGGGUGCGUAGUCUUGCAGGCCUUCGUGUUCUGGAUUUUGAUCCCAAGGUAGUGAAAGCUAAUUCCUCUGUGUUGAAGUUCUACAGUCGCUUGAGGAAAGAAGUUUUUAGCUCAGGUAAUGUGAAUCUGUUAUUAAGCUACUCUAAUCAUAUAUAGUGCAGUUUGCAUUCUGCAAAUCACAUAUGGGGAAUAAAAUGAGGAGAGUGGCACACAAACACCCCACACAUACACAGCUACACUGUAGUAACAAACCCUUAUGGUUCAGGAAUCCCAAAGUAACUAUAUUGCUAGCUUGUCUGUUUUACUUUACUCAGCUCUCUCUAAAUUAUUUUUCCUUUUUUUUUCAUAAAGACUGAGGACAGUUAAGCCAGUGUUGCAUUAAAUAUGGGAGCAGAUCACACAAUGUUGGUAUCUUCAUUCUCACUAGAGGAAACACUUCCCUAUCUGGUGAUGUCACUCAUGUAAU